AUGACGAGCAAUGGCAGCGGGUGCUUGCGCUGUUGGGGGAGAUGCGGGAGGCGAAGCUGGAGCCCAACGUCAUCUAUCCUUCCUCUACAACGCUGGGAUCAGCGCGUGCGGAAAUGGCCAGCAGUGGCAGCAUGCGCUGGCGCUGCUGAGCGAGAUGUUGGAGGUGAAGGUGGACCCCGACGUCUGGUCAACUACAACGCUGGGAUCAGCGCGUGCGCGAAGGGCGAGCAGUGGCAGCGGGCUCUAGCGCUGCUGAGUGAGAUGUGGGAGGCAAAGCUGGAUCCCGACGUCACCAGCUACAGCGCUGGGAUCACCGCGUGCAAGAGCGGCGGGCAGUGGCAGCGGGCUCUGGCGUUGCUGACCGAGAUGUGGGAGGUGAAGUUGAAAUCGACCGCCCCCUGGUCAGCUACAGCGCUGGGAUCGGCGCGUGCGCGAAGGGCGGGCAGUGGCAGCGGGCUCUAG